AUGAUCCCACCAAUGCAGUUACACUCUUGGAUACAUCACGACAACCAAGCAGAUACCAAGGCUCGUUCUUCACGCAAGAGCCAAGUUUUCCGUCAUGUGGCAGCACAUCGAAAGCUGGAACGACAGCAACGGACUUGGAAGUUGAGAGCCUCAGCUCUCGACCUAUAUCAGACCCUUCAGACACCACAAGAGCGCCAUGUGAAGGCAGUCGAGAAGCAUUUCACAGCUGUGCUUGAUCCCUUGGACACACUGUCUCUGCCUGCCACGGAUGAAAUCCAGAGUCUGAUCCACUUCGACCAAGAAUACAUCAUUCCAGCUCUAUCAGGCUGCCUAGUUUGCAGAGUCUUCCCCUCUGCGUAUCUCCAGGAUGAUGUGGCUAGGUACGGGUAUUUAGCGAGGAUUGCAGCCAUAAAAGCACGCUGUUCAGAUCCUGGAUUGUACAAUCAAGCGCUCAGUUUGAAAGCCGAAGCCAUGCGACGACUUCGAGAGCGUCUGCCACAGUUGGAAGAAUCAAACAGGCUUCCUCGAGCAGUUCUCUCUCUGAUGUUUGCAGAAUCAUCGUGUCUCAAUUUUGAGGCGGCAGAUAUUCACGUCCAGCUUCUUUCAGCCGUCAACGAAAGCUACGGCCUGGAUCUCGAUGACCUGAUCAGUGUGUUACAUCAGGAUGUCCAACGAGCAGCCAUGACUUUGACAAGAACAAGGUUCUCCAUGCACGACAGAUCUUGGGCCAGUCUUGAGGGCGAAUUAUUUCAUUCCCGAGCGCCGAGGAAGAGCCUAGACAGUUACCAAGAAUCCUCCCUCGAAUGGAUCAUGAUCGAGUUGCGCGGAGCACUUACUGCUUUGGACAUACUUCAGAGGGCUGAGAGCCCACAAAGCAGUCGAGAAGCGGCGACUUUCAAGUGUCUCCACGUCAUGGCGUCCCUGAUCGACCAUUAUCACGAUACCACAGACCAGGUGGAAAAGUACACGGCCCUGGCGGCGGUGUAUCGUAUUCGACGAGCGGCGGGUAUGGAACGAGUGAUUAUUUGUGAAAGUACAGUGUUCGACUCUGGCAGAGUCAUCAUACCACAGUUGCGUGAAUUGCUAGCGGCCACUUAUGGAGACCUUCCAGCUCUGCGACUGUGGGCAUUGUACAUUGGCGCCAAAGCAGGAGACGAUUGGUUUGACCAGGAGCUCGGUAACCACAGCAAGCAGAUGGGAUUUUACGAUCCCGAAAUGUUACAAGGGUUUCUCACUGGAUUUGAACGAUCGGGACUGGGUCGAUGGAAUUGGGAAACGGUUUAG